ACCCCCCAAAGACGAGCCAAAGACGAGCCAUCCUCACUAACUUCAACACCAGUGAACCACCCCAUUAUUCGAAUUUUCGAUCUUGACUCGACCAUUAAGUUCCACGUACCCAGUGCUAUAUAACUCCUCUCCUCUUCCAAAAUUCCCAUUUCUCAACGUGAAACUAGAGAGAACACGAAAACAUUGAAGAAGCAAUCUAAUUUCUUCUCUGCAAGAGGCGAUCAAAAAGCCUUGUAACAUUUUCUGCUUUUCCUUCUCUUAUCAGGAGAGAUCUGUUCACUCUAUUUCCGCUCGUAUUUUCUCGAGGAAGCUGGGAUGAGAAGAAAAUGAAGAGAAUGAGAGAUGAUGUUUACCCUGGCUCUCAAGUUAAGCGGCCGUUUGGUUCUUCUCGAGGAGAAUCAAGCUAUGGGCAACCUCAAAUUCCCGGGGGAGGAGGAGGAAUAGGUGGAGGAGGUGGAGGUGACCCUUCUCAGAAACUCACCACUAAUGAUGCUCUAACAUAUCUAAAGGAAGUAAAGGACAUGUUUCAAGACCAGAGGGAAAAGUAUGACACAUUUUUGGAGGUGAUGAAAGAUUUCAAGGCUCAAAGAACUGAUACUACUGGUGUGAUUGCAAGAGUGAAGGAAUUAUUCAAGGGGCAUAACAACCUAAUUUUUGGAUUUAACACUUUCUUGCCAAGAGGUUAUGAAAUAACCCUUGAUGAAGAUGGGGCUCCACCAAAGAAAACUGUUGAGUUUGAAGAAGCUAUCAGCUUUGUUAAUAAGAUAAAGAAACGUUUCCAAAGUGAUGACUAUGUUUACAAAUCGUUCUUAGACAUUUUAAAUAUGUAUCGAAAGGAGCACAAGGACAUCAGUGAGGUCGACAGUGAGGUUGCUGCUCUGUUUGAGGACCAUCCAGAUUUUCUUGAAGAGUUUAGAAGAUUCUUACCUGAUUCUUCUGUAACUCAUGUGAGUCAAAUUCCAUAUGGUCGAAGUUCUAUCCAGCACUACAAUGACCGGAACUUUGCUACACCCUCAUUGCGCCACUUGCAUAUGGACAAGCAUCAUCAGAGGGAUAGAAUUAUUACUUCCCAUGCGGACCGUGAUCGUAGUGCUGAUUGCCCUGAGCUGGACAAGGAGAAAUCAAUGUUGAAAGUGCACAAAGAACAAAAGAAGCAUGCUGAAAAAGAGAGUAGGGACCGGAGAAAUUAUGAUUAUGAUGAUAGAGAAGCAAAGAACAAUAGGGACUUGGAACACAUUGCUGACAGAAAAAAAUCUGCCCAGAAGGUUGAAGGUUAUGGACCAAAUUCAAACUUUGCUUCUUUUGAUGAAAGAGACACUUCAAAGAAUAUGUACAGCCAGGCAUUCGCAUUUUGUGAGAAAGUUAAGGAGAGGUUACACAGUUUGGAUGACUACCAAGCAUUCCUGAGAUGCCUCAGUAUUUAUAGCCAAGGAAUUAUUAAAAGGAAUGAUUUGCUAAAUUUGGUGACUGAUUUACUUGGGAAGUAUCCCGAUCUUAUGGAGGAGUUCAAGGACUUCCUGGAGCGUUGUGAGGAUCUAGAUGGUUUCCUUGCUGGCGUUAUGAGUAAAAAAUCACUAUGUACUGAUGGACAUGUAUCGAGAUCAUUGAGGGCUGAUGAAAAAGAAAAAGAGCACAAGCGUGAACUUGAAAGUGCCAAAGAAAAGGAUAGAGGCAGAGAGAAAUAUAUGGCAAAAUCAAUUCAAGAGCUUGACCUUUCUAAUUGUGAACGCUGUACUCCAAGUUAUCGGCUUCUGCCAGAGGAUUAUCCAAUAGCUAUGGCUAGCCAUAGAUCUGAGCUUGGUGCUCAAGUAUUGAACGAUCACUGGGUUUCGGUGACUUCUGGAAGUGAGGAUUACUCUUUUAAACACAUGCGCAGAAAUCAGUAUGAGGAAAGCUUAUUUAGAUGUGAAGAUGAUAGGUUUGAGCUGGACAUGCUGUUAGAGUCUGUGAGCUCUACUGCCAAGUGUGCCGAGGAAUUGUUGAACAAGAUGAAUGAAAAAUACCCUAAUCUGGGCUCCCCAAUCCAGAUGGAGGACUACUUUACUGCUUUAAAUCUUAGGUGCAUCGAACGUUUAUAUGGUGACCAUGGUCUUGAUGUGAUGGACAUAUUGCGGAAGAACCCAAGUCUUGCCCUACCUGUUAUUUUAACUCGUCUGAAGCAAAAGCAAGACGAGUGGACAAGGUGUCGCUCAGAUUUUAAUAAGGUCUGGGCUGACAUAUAUGCUAAGAACCAUUACAAAUCACUUGAUCAUCGCAGCUUCUAUUUUAAACAACAGGAUUCAAAGAACUUGACUGGGAAAUCUUUGGUGACUGAGAUCAAGGAGUUGAAAGAGAAGCUGCAGAAAGAGGAGGAUGUUAUUCUUGCUUUUGCUGCUGGAACCAAACAACAUUUGGUUCCACAUUUUGAAUAUGAAUACUCUGAUGUCAGCAUUCAUGAAGAGUUGCAUAAACUUGUUCAAUAUUCAUGUAAAGAGGUUUGCUCAACUAAGGAACAGUCGAACAAAGUUAUGAAAUUUUGGACUACCUUCUUAGAGCCCAUGCUGGGUAUUCCUUCACGGCCUUAUGGGACAACGAGUUCUGCAGAUGUUGGAAACGCUAGCAAUAUUGCUACAAAGGAUACUGCAUCUAGCAUAGAAGGAGGUGAUAGUAGUCCUGCUCCAGAUGCUAUGACAAGUAGUUCCAUAAAACCAGCUGCUCAUGUGGAUGAAAGCUCUUUAUUGGGACUAGCAAAAUGUUCCAGCAGGAGGUUGGCAAAUGGAGAUACUAUGGCUAAAGAAGAUAGUAUGAUUCGCGUAGAUCGUGUAUGGAAAAGUGAUCUGACAGGUGAUAAUCAACAGCUAGGAAGAGAGGCAAAGAAUACAGAGAUGACUGGCAGAAUUUCUGGAUAUAGCAUACAAAUUGCCUCUGCUCAAGUAGCUGGAGAUUCCAGUGCGUCACUUACAGAAAACAGUCAUCGAAGAACCAGCGACGAGGUGACAGCAGGGCAUGUUGCGAUUCCAUCUCUACACGGUGAUGCUAGCAUUGAGGACCAAAAGCUAAAAGCUAGAGCUGAUAUUGCACCUUCAUCAAAGGGUGAAGAUGCUGCAAAACCAAUCUUACCUCCAAAUGGAGUGCCUACAAACGACAUUAAAGUUAAUAGAUAUCACGAAGAUGCUGCUGGGCCCUCCAAAAUUGAAAAAGAAGAGGGUGAGUUGUCACCUAAUGGUGAUUUUGAGGAGGACAAUUUUGCUGUCUAUGAAAAUACUGGUGUGCAGGUAAUGCCCAAGGGAAAGGAACUUAAUGGAAGUAGGCAACAAAAAUCAGGAAAGGAGGAGGAAUUAUUUUGUCAGGGUACUGGAGGAAACUAUGCAGACGCUGAUGAUGAUGACAGUGAAAAUGCUUCCGAGGCUGGUGAUGAUGUUUCAGGCAGUGAAUCUGCUGAUGAUGAAUGCUCUCGAGAAGAGCAUGGGGAGGAGGAAGAUGUUGAACAUGUUGAAGUAGAUGGUAAGGCUGAAAGUGAUGGUGAAGCUGAGGGCAUGGCUGAUACACAGUUCGUUGGAGGAGGAGAUAGCACGGCAUUGCCAUCAGAAUGUUUUCUGUUGUCAGUGAAGCCUAUUGCAAAGCAUGUACCAUCAGGUUUAUUUAAUGAAGAAAGGAAGGAUUCUCGGGUUCUUUAUGGAAAUGAUGAUUUCUACGUCCUCUUUAGGCUUCACCAAAUUUUAUAUGAAAGAAUUUUGUCAGCAAAAAAAAAUUCAACAGGUGUCGAAAUGAAAUGGAGAAACACAAAAGAUACUGAUUCUCCUGGUCCAUAUGCAAGAUUUAUGAGUGUGCUAUACAAUUUGCUUGAUGGCUCUGUUGACAAUGCAAAGUUCGAGGAUGAAUGUCGAGCUAUUAUAGGAAACCAGUCUUAUGUGUUAUUCACACUGGACAAGUUAAUAUAUAAAUUGGUCAAGCAGCUUCAGACUGUUGCAACCGAUGAGAUGGACUAUAAGCUUCUUCAGCUGUGCGAGUAUGAGAGAUCCCGACUACCUGGAAAGAUAAUUGAUUCAGUGUAUUAUGAGAAUGCCCGUUCCCUCCUUCAAGAGGAGAAUAUAUUUAGAUUUGAAUGUUCAACUGCCCCGUCCCGUUUAUCCAUCCAGUUGAUGGACAAUGCAACCGAGAAGCCUGAGGUGUUCGCUGUUUCCAUGGAUCCUGAUUUUGGGGCUUAUCUUCACAACGAUUUCCUGUCUGUAUUUCCAGGCAAAAAGGAGCCACAUGGCAUUAUAAUGCGAAGAAACAUGCGCAAAUAUGUUGGUGUUGAUGAGUAUUCUGCUACAUGCAUGGCCAUGGAAGGUUCUAAAAUUUUCAAUGGCCUUGAGUGUAAGAUAGCUUGCAGCUCAUGCAAGAUCUCCUAUGUUUUGGACACAGAAGAUUUUUUCUUUCGUUUGAAAAGCAAAAGAAAAAAAUUGUCAAGGGAUGGAUCUUUCUAUCAUGAUCAGACUCGGUCAAGAGUACAACGCUUUGUCAAAUUCUUAUCAGCCUCGGCCUCAUGAUAAUUUAUCAAACCCUAUCACCAGGGACACAGGGUCCUUGGAACAAUGGAAGGCAGGAAGAAUUCAACGAGGCAGCAUCUUCAAUAUAUUUUUAUAUCAUCAUGAUUGGCUGAGUGACGCUGAAUCAGGAAUUUAGUAUAUUGUAAAUAUGACUGAUGUUGAUGCCUGAUGUUCUUGUUUUGUAGCAAUGUGUCUGCCGAGGUUCUCUUUUAAGUUGCAGCUCUCUUUUAAGUUGCAGCUCGUCACCUCUCUCUCUCCUGCUCUCCACCCAAAAAAUAGGGCUGCAGUUUACUGAUUUUCGGUCGUGCCAGAUUAUGGAUCCAAGUUUCUGAAUUCAAAUUUUUGCAAGAACUAAAUAAUUUGCUUGGGAAGUGACUACCUGAAACUUCCAGUAUUCCUUUUUUGUCUCUCUUGCAUACAGCUCAUCAGCUCAAUACUGAUAUUCUAACUGCUACUUUUGUUCGCAAUUUUGCUUUUUAUUUUUUAUGUUUUGGAUAAUACUUUAUAAACCUUAGUUCUCAAUACUUUGAUUGAUGUACAGUUAUGUCAAAAUUUAACUCUCUUUUUUUGAGCAAUCUUAUUUAUCGAGAAUGUCUUAAUUUUUCGGAGUA